CCACAGCGAGCUGCUGUGUGUUGCGAUGCGCUGCGACCGCAUCUCCUCCUCUCUCUCCCUUUAUCCAGAUUCACUUCCACCAGACCGCCUUGGAUCGGAUCCGUUAGAGCAAGAGAGAGCUAUGAGCAGGACGGCGGAGAAACGUCUCGUUGCGCGUCUUUACUGAGAUGGAGCCAGAGCUCAUGUGUUUACCCCACUGUCUGCUUGGUUUCUGGAGAUGCUGGUCUCAACAAAGAUUAAUCCUUUACUAACUGGAUCGAGCCAGUGAGACAGGUUAUACUAUGCGGUCCCUGAGGAAGACAGUGCUGCUCGCCAUUCUGGUGUCUGUGGUGGUUGUACUGGCUCUUCUACACUCAUGGCCCACUCGGUCAUACAACACAGUGGAUGUGUGGCAGCGGCUGGGUCCAACAGUGGAAAGACAUCUGGAGGAGAGGCUUCCAGAACCAGACCACCAGUUAAGCAGCAUUCCCUAUCGUGUAAGGGAAAGUGUGGCAAGCUUGCUGGCACGUAAUGGGUGCGUUUGUGAGGGUGAGACUCCUGGAGUGAACCUGCCGUUCUCCCAGCUCCUGUUCCCGCGGGUGUCAGCACACCCUCUGCACACUGCCUUUGAUGCCUCUGAGCUGGAGGAAAUGAAGAUGAGACGGGCUAAAGAGUAUAGAAGCUUCCAGGAGAGGUCCAAAACUGCAGCAGACAUACUCAUCAUCGCAGAGGCCAACAAUCCACUACAGUAUCCAACACAGGGCCUGGAAGUUCGGCCCCUGAAAACUAUCAUUAUCCCAGGUUUGGCCUUACAUGACGUUCCCAGAAACCAUUACACUAUAAACAUCACUGCCAAUCUAGGAACACUAAAUGUAGCAGCAGAAGUGGAGGGAGUGAAAAUAAAAGGUGAUGGAGAGAUGCAUAUGAUGCUGUCUAGUAGUUUGUUACCGAACAUGAACCGACAGCUGCAGUUUGUCACCUACACAAACACGCUGUUUCACCCCAGCACUGCAGACACAGUGCAGUUUGAGACAGAAGGCCAUCAAGCUGUCUUAAGCAUCAAGAUCCGUCAUGCAGUAACUCCAAAACUUUACAACACUGGCUCUAAAGGAGAGUAUAAUAUCAGCGCUCUUGUUACCGUGGCCACAAAAACCUUCCUGCGUUAUGAAAAACUUCAAAACCUUAUUGACAGCAUCAGAAGAUACUACCCUACGGUCACGAUAGUAAUUGCUGACGACAGUGAAAAUCCUAAAACUAUUUCUGGGCCUUAUAUCGAGCACUACAUAAUGCCUUUCGGGAAGGGUUGGUUUGCUGGACGAAACUUGGCUGUUUCGCAGGUCACGACAAAAUAUGUGCUCUGGGUGGAUGAUGACUUUUUCUUCACAGCCAGUACCAAGCUGGAGAAGCUUGUGGAUGUUUUAGAGAGGACCACUCUGGAUCUGGUUGGGGGUGCAGUGAGAGAAGCCACAGGGUACACGGCUACCUACAGGCAAACCAUCUCCAUCGAGCCAGGAGAAGAGGAAGGAGACUGUUUGCACAUGAGAAGAGGAUUUCAUCAUGUUAUGGAGGGAUUUCCUAACUGUGUUGUGACAGACGGGGUCAUUAAUUUCUUCUUGGCUCGCACGGAUAAAGUCCAGCAGGUCGGCUUUGACCCUCGCCUCGCCAGAGUUGCUCACCUGGAGUUUUUUAUCGACGGCCUUGGAUCUCUCCACGUCGGCUCCUGUGACGACGUCAUUAUCAAUCACGCAACGAAGAUCAAGCUACCAUGGGUCACGCAAUCUGAAAGUGACAAGACGUACGCCAAGUUUCGCUACCCACCGCCCUCCUCUGAUGCCACGCGCACAAAAAACGGCCUCCUGUACUUCAAGAACCGAUUUCAGUGUUUGACUCGUAAUUAGUUUCACAUCCCUCCGAAGGUUGGUCUGUUCUUCCUGAGUUGCCAAAGAUGUUUUCCUCUGCACCCCGCACCAUCAGAUAAGAUUUAUGGCAAACGGUUUGGAUUGUUCUAUUAAAUAACCUUGAUCAGGUUCUAGCAAUGCCUGCCUUUGGAGCAAGCUUUGCCUCUUCUAUUGAACGGUUAAAAGUGGCUCAACAAGUUCUAGUCUGGUAAGACAACAGGAGAAGAUUAAAUUAAAUGUUUAAGUGACAGCAUAUUUAGAUAAAUAUGCUUUGUCAAAUCUUAUCUGGCUACAUAAGCUUGAGCUGGUCAAGAACAGAAGGAAAACCAAACUGGUAGACAGUUUUCGUCUCUUCUUUUCCACCUUGUUUAUCUGUGUGGUAUGUGUUUCCUUGCUUGGAAAACCAAUCACGACAACUGAUGACCUGAAAAGGAGAACUCCUUAUUAAUAUAUAACGCUUCCCAGUAAGAGACAAUCCUGAGCUCACCGGUGCCACAAGAAGAACAUUCAGAUAUACAUGUCUGGCAGCACAAUUUCGAGUGUUUAUUUAUUUAUUUAUUUUGGUCACAUUUUUUCUACCUCCGUACCUAGAGUCAUUUUUUUUGUUUGUUUGCUAAUGCCCCAUCUCAAAAAAAGAAACUUUUAAACCUGUCCAUCUGGAGCGAUGACUGUUGUAAGCAGCUUUGGUUAUUUGUUGCAGCUCUCCAUUUCCUUCAGAAGGAGGUGGGUCUGUGUUUGAAUCCUAGUGAAUGAUGUAAAAAUGCAUCUUGACAUGCUACCCAAAUAGAAAUGUGGAUGAACAAAACUGAACUGAGUUAAGUUUAGAGCUGCAACUUAUUAUUUUGCUAGUCCAUUCAUCUGUUUAUUAUUUUUGGAAUGAACAAUUAAUAAUCGGAUAGCCAAAGACUCCUUAAAGAAGAUUUUUAGUGAAAUUAAGCCAAGUGGAACUAAAAUUUUUCCACUUGUGGAGUUCAGGAUAAAUCCUACUGACAGACAAAUAAGUUUUUCACCACAAAUGCUAAAUGUCUAAUAUAUUUAUUUUUACAAUAUUGGUAUAAUUACUGCUCUAAUUGGGUUGCUCUGUCAGCUAAAGGCACAUUUUAGAGUCUUUACACUCCAGUUAAUGAUUAACCGAUUAUUAAAUUAGGUGACGAUUAUUUCAAUAAUCGAUUUAUCAUGAUUAAUUGGAUUUAUUGUUUCAGCCCUAGUUAAAUUAAACAAAAACAAUGAAGAAUUGAUAAACUUGAGAAUGUGAGAGAUGGAAAGAAGCAUAGCAACUCUGUUUUCAUUCAUAUAUCAUUCAGGUCGUCUCACUGAGAUCUUAUCGGUAAAAGCAAACUAAAUGACAAGCGCAGCAAUAGAAUAAAUAAAUAAAUAUCACAGCCUCUGAAAUGGCAUCCUCAUAUCAUUUGAUCGAUUCCUUUAAAUACAGAUUAGUUCAUUUCCAAAAAGAAUUUUUUGUAAUUAAUGUUAUUGUUAAGAAUAUUUUUGUCUUAUAGAUUUUUCUUUGUGCUUCUUGUUCACAAACCUGUAAUUUUGUUUUGUUAACAAAAGCAACAUGCAUACAUCAGUGAUACUAUUAGUUAUUAAUUCCCUACAGUCCUGCCUGUCUUGUUAAAUAAUUUUUCCACAGAAGGGAUGCAUUUGUUAUGUUGAUUGUUUUACUCACUUUAAACACCCUCCCAGAAAAAAAAAAAAUACUAAAGUACUGAAGUGAAAGUUUUUUUUUCUCUCACAGCAUUAUGAUCCAUUUUUAUUUUGAAUGGUAUUAAAUGUCUGUUGAAAAAACAUAUGUUUUUUAUGUUUUUCUUGGAGUUUAAGGAUGGAGAUGAAUAUGCAGAUCACAAUACAGUACCCUUUACAUUUAUUUUACCCUUGUUAAAGAAUUUCUUACAAUCCUUUAAAAUAAACUGCCAUUUUGGGGAUUUUCUGAGCCCCUGAUGCUAACAGUGCUGUUUACUGCAGGUCUAUAACAUUUAGUUUUGGAGAUGUUUUUUUUUUUCACCCUUCUUCUCUCUGUGAGUCGGCAUGAAAAACUUGGACCCUCGUCUGGCCUUGAUGGUCACUGAAGAAACUUUGUUUCUCCGGCAAACUGGUCCAGUUUAAAAUUCUUUCUACUUAAUUAGAUAUUAGCAAUUUUAGAUGAUCAGCGAUUGGAUUGUGACAAAAGGAUUAUCACACUUUCUUAAAUGGCAUGGCGUCCUAUAUUUCACAAAUAAAAUGAUCCUCUGUGUCAUGCUACAAUGCUCACAGUGGAUACAUUUAUCUGAAGGAUUCUCUUAAGGUUGCUUUACGGUGGAAGAACCAAUGAAACAAAUCUCAAAGUAAUGCCUGAAUUUGCAUUUAAGUUACUGAAAUGUGCAUGUCUUAUUUUUUUUUUUUUUUGGUUGUAUUUGUUGUUUUUGCAAUCUUAAAAUCAUAAUUUGGAAUUUCUGUCCUCAACAUUUCUAAUGUAUUAUUAAUCAGAACGGGUGUCACAUUUAUUGAGACUUUACUUACGGUAUUAAAAAGAGGAUACAAAUAAAAAUACGCUAAUGUCA